AAUAUUUUAGUUUAGUCUACCAGUUUACCAGUAAUGAAGAAACAUAUUUAUAAAUAGAUGCCGAAAAAUAUUGAACGCAAUUUUUAGUGAAAAGAGUAUGUGAUGUGUCCUAGACAAUAAUUUCGCAUUAACACUCGAUUUUAUAAACGUUUUACUCAAGGCAUCAGGUAGUUUUAUUAGUUGUGUCGGCGCGUUCGCGUAAUUGUAUUUGAAUUGAAAUUUAAAUUCUAAUUUAAGACUUGCAGUGAAUUUGUAUAUGAAGUGAAAAAAAAAUUGUGGAAAAUGACAACAAAGGAGCGACAUCAGUGUUUCCCGUCACAAGGCGCUCAAAUGCUGAUGAUGAACCGUUUGACCGGAGCGCAAAAAGGGCACAGGUUACUGAAAAAGAAGGCCGACGCUCUUCAAAUGAGAUUUCGAUUGAUAUUGAGCAAAAUUGUGGAAACGAAACUGCUGAUGGGAGAAACAAUGAAAGAGGCGGCUUUCUCUUUUGCUGAAGCUAAGUUUCAUACGGGUGGAUUCAAUCAUGUGGUGCUGCAAAAUGUCAGCAAAGCACAAAUAAAAAUUCGAACAAAAAAGGAUAAUGUUGCUGGAGUGACGCUACCCGUUUUCGAAUCAUUCAUUGACGGCACGGACUCAUAUGAAUUGGCAGGUUUAUCUCGUGGUGGUCAGCAGUUAUCUAAACUGAAGAAAAACUACCAAGCGGCCGUCGAAGUAUUGGUCGAAUUGGCUUCAUUACAAACAGCAUUCAUAACCCUUGAUGAUGUCAUCAAAGUUACAAAUCGCAGAGUAAAUGCGAUCGAACAUGUUGUCAUUCCGAGGAUUGAGCGAACGCUGGUCUACAUCAUUUCCGAAUUGGACGAAUUGGAACGCGAAGAGUUCUAUCGACUGAAGAAAAUUCAAGACAAAAAGAAGAUCGCUCGCAAAAAGGCUGAGGCUAAAAAGGCGGCCCUGUUGGCAGCUGGAGUUGAUGUUCGGAAUCAACAAAAUAUCCUCGACGAUGAUGAUGACGAUCUACUGUUUUAGAUGCGUGGAGGACUGCCAUAUCGAAUCAGGCGGUUUGAAUUUUACACAGUAUUAAGCGUCAGAGACACUGGGGAAAAGCUCGUCGUUUAUUUAAUUUGAUUUUCUCUUUUCGAUUGCUAUACAUCUCCUGGUGAAGUCCUAAGUCAGAAGAUCAAUGCUUCAGUUCGAAAAUUGCUUGGAAGAACUAACGAAAUGAAUAAUGGACUUGAUCUUCUAGUAGUUAAUGAUCUAAAUUUGUAACGUUUGGACCUACUGAUUCGAUCAACUCAAGUUUGGCACGUUUCGAUAACACCCCUGCCGUUUUUACACUCCGGAUAAAUUCUUGAUCUUCUUGAUCCUUUGCUAAGUUAAACAGGUUUCGAGUUAAGUAGAUGCUUAUGUUCGUACAAUUUACUUACGAGCAAAAAAUAAAUGUUUUUUUUCGACGUUUCUUACUCAA